UUUGACGGCAGGUCGAACCCGGAAGCGGUUGAGCGUCUCUCCGGCUCCGCUUCUAUUCAGGGAAGGGGAGGAUUGUUGGUCUCCCGUCGGAGCGUCUGACUGCGGCGGCAGGAUGCUGAACGCGCCUUCUCAGUCUUUUCCUGCCCCCGACUCACAGCAGCGGGUGGCCCUGGCGGGACGCAGCAAGGUACCUUUGAAAUCAGGUCGAAGUCUUAUGGACUGGAUACGGUUAACCAAAAGUGGAAAAGAUCUAACUGGUCUAAAAGGAAGAUUAUUAGAAGUUACUGAAGAAGAGCUUAUGAAACAUAAUAAAAAGGAUGACUGUUGGAUAUGUAUUAGAGGGCUUGUUUAUAAUGUAACACCGUAUAUGGAAUAUCACCCUGGUGGAGAAGUUGAGUUAAUGAAAGCUGCAGGAACUGAUGGCACAGAUUUAUUUGAUCAGGUUCAUCGCUGGGUCAAUUAUGAAUCAAUGCUGAAAGAAUGCUUGGUUGGAAGAAUAGCAGUGAAACCUGCAGCUUCUCUAAAAGAACCUUGUCCCCCUGUAACUGAAGAAAACAGGACCUUGAAUGGUAUAUAUCUGAAAAAUAAAGCUUUGGAUGACUGUUUCAAAGAAAUAAUUCCAAGUUAUGACUGGUUCCAGACACAAGAUUCAGUCACUGUGGUAGUAUACACCAAACAAAAGGAUAUGAAUUCUGAAUUGGUGAUAGCAGAUGUUCAAGAAUGUAAACUAAGAGGAGAAAUAAUUGUGAAAGAGUACUCGUACCUUGUACAUGUUGAACUGAGUUAUGCAGUUUAUGAAGAUAUGAUAGUACAGGUUUCUGAAAAAGUAGGAAAGGUGGAAUUUGUCUUGAAGAAGAAAGAAAAUUUAUCCUGGAAAAAACUUGGGCAGCCUCUAGAGAGUCAUAAUUCUUUUGUCAAAUGUUCAGAUAGAGGUUUGUAUUAUAGGAAAUGCAAGCUGCUGUCAAAGACAAAUGUCAGUCAUGAUACUAGACUGUUCUGUGUAGGGUUACCACCAGGAACACAUCUCCGGGUACCGGUGGGACACCAUCUUUACCUCAAACAAACAAUUACAGGUACUGAAAUAGUCAAGCCUUACACACCAGUAUCGUCUUGCCUGGUGUCACCAUUCAAAAUCCCCGCUUCCAAUGAUAAGGCACAAAUAUUUUUUAUGAUUAAAAUUUAUCCUGGAGGACUUUUUACACCAGUGCUUGACACUUUACAAAUAGGAGACGGUAUUUCUUUGAGUAACCCUGAAGGUAAUUUUAGAAAAUCACAAAUCGAAGACGUACAAGAUUUGUUUUUAUUGGCAGGCGGCACCGGAUUCACACCAAUGGUUAAACUGCUCAGCUAUGCUUUGACGAAUGGCGCUACUCUGAGGGCAGUAAAAAUGAUGUUCUUCAACAAAACAGAAGAUGAUAUACUUUGGAAAAGUCAGCUGGAACAGUUAGCCCUUAAUGACAUGAGGUUUGACAUUCAGUUUGUUCUCUCAGAGCCAAAGAAAGGAUGGACAGGCAAACAAGGAAAAAUCUCUUCUUCUCUGCUUUCUGAAUUUGUGAAAAGAAGUAAACAUGAUUCUAAAAUGCUCAUAUGCAUCUGUGGUCCAUUACCAUUUAUGGAACAAGGAAUACAGUUUUUGCAAGCUCUUGGACUCUCGGAUAAUGAAAUACAUUGUUUUACUGCAUAAAAAAAGAGAUCAUUGGAACUCCUGUUCAUGCAUUUCACCAUCAUAUUUAUUAUUUUCAUUUGAAUUCCAACAGGAAAAUGUUAUGCAUGAAUAAUAUCUUCUUUUUAAUUUAAGUACUUGAACUCUGUAUUAUUGGUGAAUAAAUAAUUUUGUAUUCUG